CAACCAGCAAAACAAACCUGGGAAACUAUACGGCGGACCAUUUCUUUACGGGGCUCCGAGGAGGAAAAGUGUGGAAAUAAAGCGUCACUCGCAUCCCCAUCUGAUUUUUUUUCUAGCUAACAAACCGCUUUUUGCAACAAGAAGACUUGGGAAAAGCGACGACAAAAUACAGCUGUGAUGGACAUAAUGAUUGCGGUGCAGGAUGCUUGUGUCUCUGGUCAGUGGCUUACUGCGAUAAUUCUCAGCUUGUGCUGCUUUCUGCCGUCCUGUUUGCCCGCUGGACAAACUGUGGACUAUUCCUCGGUUGAAAGUGUGGUUAGCAGACAAGGCGACACGGCUCUACUGAGGUGCUACCUAUUGGAUGGGAUCUCUAAAGGAGCCUGGCUGAACCGCUCAAGCAUCAUAUUCGCAGGAAAUGACAAGUGGUCUGUGGACCCACGUGUGUCCAUUGUGUCCAGCGUCGGAGACAAACACGAGUACAGCCUUCAGAUACAGAAGGUGGAUGUAACUGAUGACGGCCAGUACACGUGCUCCAUUCAGAGUGAGCGCAAUCCACGGCCAAAGCUCCUCAACCUUAUUGUAAAAGUUCCUCCGAAGAUAUAUGACAUUUCUUCUGACAUCACGGUAAACGAGGGCAGCAAUUUGUCGCUCAUCUGUACAGCCAGUGGGAAACCUGAGCCAACCAUUUCCUGGAGACACAUAACCCCAUUAGCCAGGAAGUAUGACAGUGGCGAAUAUCUUAACAUCACCUUCAUCACAAGGGACCAGGCUGGAGACUACGAGUGCAGUGCUUUAAAUGACAUCGCCUCUCCUGACAGCGAAACUGUAAGAGUCACAGUCAACUUUGCCCCAGCCAUCCACGAGAUGAAAAGCCACGGAGUUGGUCUGGGACGCACAGCUCUGCUAAGGUGCGAGGCAGCUGCUGUGCCUUCUCCGACAUUUGAGUGGUACAAGGGGGAGAAAAGGAUUAUCAAAGGUCAGGGCAUCGACAUCAAGAGCCUCAGUUCCAGAUCAGUCCUCACAGUGACCAACAUGACAGAGGAUCGUUAUGGGAACUACACAUGUGUCGCCUCCAACAAUCUAGGGACGGCUAAUGCCAGUGUGCCUCUCAUUCCAAUUAUUGAACCCACCACCACUAGUGCUGUCUCAAGCCCAGCGCCCAACACUGCACCCUAUGGGAGCACAGGAAGUGCGCACGUCCCGCUGGCCUGCCAAUACCUGGUCCUGGCUCUCUCUUCCUUCAUCAGUGUGUACUAGCAGAGGCCAGCGCAGACACAAUGACUGUCGAGAGCAUUUAUGAAUCCUUUUUCACAUUGCUGAUGGCUGGGAUCCAAUCUGGUACAGUUUGCUGAAAAGCCGUGAGGGGAAAAUGAUUAUUUUGUGUGGGGAAUCUUUUUUUUUUUUGCGUUUUGGUGAAAUUUCUGUCAUGUAAAUACUAUGAUAUUUUUUUUUAUUAUAAUUUGUUAUCUCUUCAGUUUUUUUCUUUUCUGAUUGAUUGAUCACCUUGUGAAUCAGUGCUCAACCUCCCUCGACCCCCCACACACGCAAACACCUCCCACUCCACCUUCAAUCAUAUCAAAAGUCACCCCCCACCCCCCGACCCCGACCCCACCCC